GUAGCAAUAUAUAUAUCAGCUUGGAUAGGAUAUCCAAGCAAAUUUCUUGAAUAUUUUAUACUACAAAAUAGAAUAAUCAGGAGUACACAAAAGGCCUUGUCUUCUAUUUUGUUGGCUUCUUGUUUGGCAGGAUUCAUCUUGUUGUUUUGCUUGAAACCAUUGCAUUAUUUUUUGAAGGGCAUACAGUUCACAUAUAAAAUAGAUGGUGGAAGGAAGAGAAAGCUAUCUACUCCAGAAAAUGGGGAACUGGAAGGGAUGGAGGUACUUCAAGAGGCUGUCUAUCUACCCCAUUAAGAGUGUCCUUCGUAAAGUGACUUCAAAUUUCAGCUUCAAAUCCGAAGGUGGGAGAAAUGGACUUCUUACUCUUUACAAGGACAUGGAAUCUUGUGGGGAAUAUGCAGAUAUCCAAAUCAUGUGGAAAAUUAUUGAAUCUUCUUCUCCUAAAUAUGCCUGCCACAAGAGAAGGAUCAAUAGGUCUUCACAUUGGGUGGUCUGUUUCCGGCCAACUUGAAUUGUUUAGGGGUCAUCAGUUAAAUGGUCAUAGUUUUUCUUGGUGGAUGAGUCCACAGGUUGAAAGUGUGGUAGGUAGGUGUAUAAGAGAAGGGGAAUCAAAAUUUUCAUGUCAGUUCCAUUCCUUCAGCCUCCACUCCUUCCAUCACAUUAAUUUUGUUACUGAAAGAUAUCAAAGUGAAUGAUCAGAAUCUAAAAUUGAAUCUCUUGUAGAAGCCAGUAUCUGCUGAGUUUAGCCUAUGUUUUGAUUCUAGAUUUUGCUUUUCAUACAUUGGAAUGAACAGGAGACUCAAAGUUCAUGUUUA